CCCAAUCCGUUCCCUUCCGAUCCUCUUUUUUCUCCGUCCAUACAAAAACACAAUCAUGAACACUCCAGUCAUACAUAUAUUAUUGUUUCUCUUCGUAGCUGCCACCGCAACGGCAGCCGCUACACCAACCAAACGCGCAAACUACCUUUUCACACCGCACGCAAAAGCAGUCGCGGGAAUAUGCACUGUAAUCCAAACAAACACAAGUCUAUGCUGCAAAACCCUUAAACACGUUCCUACCAAUGAUCCCAUUGAAUUGAUCCGAGCGUUAGCGGUUGCGGCUGAAUCUUCCGUGAAAAAUAGUGUGGCUUUUCUCUCAGAAAUCAAACCAAAACAUACAUCAAACGCAACCGCAGCUGCAGCGAUCAUCAGCUGCGGGAAAAACUUGAAAUACGCAUUGGAAGAUUUCAUCGAGUUUUGGAAAGCUACGGGGAAAGAUGUAAAGACGUUGGCUCAUAACUAUUUCACGUGUAAGAGGACGCUAAUGUCGAUUAUGGGGUACCAUUGGACUUGUUUUGAUGAUAUUGAAGAUAAGAGUUUGUUGAAGGAAAUGGAGAUUGGGAUUGGAGUUGGGAAGAAUCUAAGCAGUGAUUCGUACGAUGUGUUCAAUGGUUUAAAUACUAUUUUUAAGACUUUUGGUAUUAAGGUGAAGCUGAACGAGGAAGACACUUCGCCCCGACCGCCACCAUUGUCGGCUUAUUACUACUGAUUAAAGGAUGGAGAUGUAAUUAUUAAUUAAUGUCGUGUAAUGCCUAAAACGAUCACUAAUGGAAUCAUAUAUAGAUGGUUCUGUCAUGUAUGAUUGUAUGUUAUAGGUUCUAUACAUGUAUGGACGGAUUUCGAGGAAAGGAUAUAU